AUGUCUGGUCGAUUGUGGCAACAGGCUUCUGAUUCAGUGGUAGAUGUGUUGCCCAUCCUCAAAUGGUCGAUGAGGGAGCUGUUCUACCGCAGCACAUGGCAUAUUCUUAAUGCAGUUGUUGUUUUUCUAGUUGUCAAGUUUUUGCUUAAGGUGCUUAUAGGCUUGAACAUAGGAUUCAUCAACCCGCUUCGACUAAGGGUUUGCCAUCUGUCCUACAAAGACAAAAUCCAAAUUUCUUAUAUCCAGUUCAACCCAUGGCAGAAGAGAAUUACUGUGAGUGGACUCAAGUUGAAAAUACUCAAGGAAAAGAGUAAUAAGACGGAGGAAGUCAAAACUGAAAAGAAGGAAAAUAGUAAUAAAAAGAGCCUGGCUAAAUAUGCAAAGUAUUUCCCAAUAUUAAGAAGGAUACUAGACGGGUUUGAAUUUCAUCUAGAAGAUCUCCAAUUAAGUGACCUCGGCAUUAGCAUUGCUGGGAUUGGAUUAAUAAUAUCUACAAUUCCUAAAACAGGUCAAUUAGAUACUCAAUUCUAUUUAAGGAAGGUUCUAUGGAAAGAUGAAAUCAUUUGUAAUGAAUCUAUUAUCUCUUUUAAAGCUGAUACUGUUACUGAUGCGGCCAAAUUGAACGAGUCACAGUUCCUGGAAAACAUAUAUCUAGAUCUCAAAUUUGGAGGUAUUAAUAUACCAAUGAAUUACUUAGCAGCUUUCAAGAAAAGUAAGGAAACUGUUGACGUGGGGCACCUUCUGGAUUAUGAAGAAUCGGAACAAGACAUUUUGGUGAGAAACAAACUGGAAAUGGAAAUGGAAAUGGAGAGAUUGCGCUUCACUGAUGAGGAUAUUUUUGAAGCAGUGAAUAAUAUUGAGAAUAUUUUAGAUACUGUUCGGGAAUAUUCUGAUAUAUUAUCCGAUUUUACUAUUUCUAUUGAUAAAUUUGGUGUGAAAAAUAUGAUGGUAACAUCUCACCCGGCAUUACUCAAAAUGAAUGAUUAUAUGAACUAUUCUUUUUGUUGUUCAAAUUUUACUUUCAACGCCAGCAAGUACAGGAAUGAUAUGCCUGGUUUUAAGUUACUGUUUAAAGAGGAGGACUCGCCAUUUAAAAUUAGUUCUGCUAUAUCGAGGAUUGAUUUUAAUGUUAAUCUAAAUAGAGUUGAUAACAAUACAUCUGAGGUACUAAAAUUGGUCUCUAUCCCGAAUAUAACACUAUUUGGUGAAACAAACAUACUGUCCCAGAAGUUUAGGACUUGUAAUACGACUGAGGCAGUUUCGGAGAAUUCUCUUUUUAAUAUAAAGAGUACAAUAUCUUCCCCUACUAUAGAUGUCUCCUUAUCAGAUCUCUCCUUUUUGAAAUCGUUUAAAAAGAACAUAAAGGUCUUUACAAGUACUUGUAGUGGAUGCAUGUUUAAGAAUGAGGUUCGCAAAGAAAAUUCACAUACGAAGAUGAAACAAAUUUUAAGCACAUAUUUCAAGACGUUUUUGCCACUAAUUAAUUUGAAAUUCAGCCUAGAAGACCCAAAGUUUAUAAUAAAUCAUAAUAAUAACCUAAUAAUGGCGCAACUUUCGGUGCUUGUUUUUGACUAUGAAUCUAUGUGUGAUCUUGUGGCAAUUAAUGAGAAGAGGAAAGAGAUUAUUUAUGAGUCUUGGUGUAAUGUUGAAUUGCUGGAUGUUAACCUAAUCCAUAUAAACAAACACCAGAAAUAUGAACAAUCAAUCUUUUCUUCUGACAGUAUUGCAAUUAAUAACAAACUGAAACUUCUUCCUGACUUAAUCGUAUCCAGUGAAAUGAUCAUUGAUACAUUGAAUGUAGAUCUGUCAGAAUUACCGACGCUCAAAAUGUUAAGUGAUGUUGUUAGGAAAUUAGAUGAUGAAAUAUAUGCAGUAGAGCAGUUUUACUUCAAUAAUUUAUAUGAGGAGUUCUCAACUGUGAUUAGAAAUGCUAAAAAGCAAUGCAAUGUGAUUGGAAAAAACAUGGUAGAAAAUGAGAUUCCACUAAAAGAGAUGAUAUAUAAAUCACUUCCCGAUUUUUUUGAUUACUUUUUGUUGACUGUAAGAAAUGUUUCAGCCACACUGGGUAUUAGGUCUGUGUUUAUGCCGAAAGAUAAAUUUACUUCUUUAGAACCCCAAAGCGGAAAGGACUUUAUUGAUGGAAAGUUAAGGAAAUACUGCAAUCAAAUCAAUAAGUUGCAAGUGACGUUUUUUGGGAAUAAGACGCAAUGGCAUAGUAAUAUAAAUGGUGGACAUGUUGGUAUGACGCGGUCAGGUGAUGAGAAUAAAUACAAAUCUUACUACGCAUCGGAGCUGGAUGAUAUUUCUACAAGUGAUGCAACUGAAGUUGAAAGACCCUGGAAUCUAUCUCUCUUGAUAGAUAAAAUCACUUCCACAAUAAUUGGUGAAUGUCCUCAACUAAGUGAUAAGCUGACCAUAAAAACAGUUGCCAAGAUCGCAAUUAUAUCGAUAAAAGUAUUUCCUGAAACUGAAUAUUAUGAUACAAAUGAAAAUGCCAAGGUUAUAGUACAGAUUGAAAAUAAAUCAAUAAAGGCAAUUAUUUCUCUGAUGAAUAUUUUCUUCAUUUUGUCCGGUAUUCAUACAUUACAUCAUAUUUUUGGAAAUGCAGUGGAGGAAAAUAAAGGACCUUCCAAAGCUAAGAAAUUCUUCCUUGCAGUGUCUAAAGUAAAGAAGAAAUCUUCUAUAAAAAAAAUUAGAUGGACUGAUAUAAAACAAAUGCUGACAGUCAACAUUCAUUCAGAACAAUAUGAGCAGAUAUUUGUUUUACCAAAUGAAUUGCGGACUUCUUUAGAUUUUUCACAUAUGUUCUUGACUAUUGAAAACCUUAACAAUAUUUCAUUUACUGGUGAAUAUUUCCGUACUUGCAUAGAAUCACCUACUAUUAAACACUAUUGGGUUAGAUUGAUCACAAUUGUUCGAUACAAGGUUAAUGCUGAUAUUGAAAAACUCAAGAGCCAAACUCAGAAGAACAAUGACAGUGGUGGGAAUUCAGAACCUGGGGUCACCUUAGAAAACGAGUCUUGGCAUUUCUCAAUACCAUAUGACUUUGAAAUGUUUAGAAUAUUUGAUAACUUUUCCACAAUUGCUAAGACACUAAAACAGCUAAUCUAUUCAUUCAAGUCCUCUAAAAAUGACCUUGUGAUAUUUGCCAAGCCUGUGAGUGCAGCAAUAUUACCAAACAUAAAAUUAAAAUCUAAUAGACUGUUAUUCACUGUAGAUGAUGAUCCUUUUGAAGCUGAACUAAAUUCAAUUUUCCAAAUUGGAUUACAGGAACAACGUAGUCGACUGGAGAAAAGGAAAGAAUUCAAUGAGCAAGCCCUAAAGUCCCUCCAUGGACGAGCAGGUGCUACCUCUCAUACUGAUAUUUCGGUGGAAGAGUUGAUUUGGAAGAAGAGGUUGAAAAUAAACAAAAAAAAUACGCCUGAUCAAUUAAUAAAACAAAAUAUGCCCCUAGUUAAUACGCCAUUUAACAUAGAUGGAAAACAAAACAAGAAUAAAACAGCUGAUCACUUAAUAACAGCUGAGUUAGAGACGGAAUAUGAUAAAUUACAAGAACAACUUUCUCACUCAUGGAUUGAAAGGAUUAGAAGUCACAAACAGAAACAGCAUAAAAAGUUUCUUUCAGACUUCACAUAUGUAUGGGGUCGCGUCAACUAUUCUAAACUCCCUGAUGAUAUCAAUAAGCGUGUACUUGACUUUUCUACUAACCCAUUUCUAACUACUUUAAUUAUCGAGGAUAUUGAUGUUGACAUAGCCAAACCUCAUUGUGGGGUUGAACAUAUUCCAGACUUUAUUUAUGAAGUUGGCAAAGGUGUUCCAAAAGAUACAAAAUACUCCAUAUUAGUGCCAAUGCAUUUAGAUGCCAAAUUCAGUGAAAUAAGAUGGCAUCUAAGAGAUUACCCGUUACCAUUUGUAUAUAUGCCAAAACUUUUACCGUCUCAAUCGAGGGAAUCUCAGUCAAUACGUAUACAUGGUGACUUCAUGGUAACCGAAGAUAUGAUAUAUUCUGAACAGGAACUAAGAACUGUAUUUGUUCCCCUAGUUCCAUCAAUCAUUGUUGAAAACAAGGAUAAGUUAUAUUCCCUAUUGGUUCCAAGAACAAUGACUAGUAUCAAGCUAUUUACCAACCUGGAAUUUGACUUACAUUCAAAAGAUACCCUAACUGUAACCUGGGGCGGAUCUUACUCUCCAGCCAUUCAACAAGUAAUGCAAUGCCUAGAUAAUUUUUCAAAACCUCCAUUAGAUCCUUCUCCUAAGGUGGGCUUCUGGGAUAAAGUUAGAUAUAUCUUCCAUGGUAGAAUUAAUAUCAAUCUGAAAAACAACGGUAAAUUUGAAAUAGCUUUGAAAGGGUCUAAAAGCCCUUAUAAGAUCGGAGGCCAAGAUGCUGGUUUUGUAAUUGGUUUUGAGGAUGAUGUUAAAAUUAUCUGUAAUCCUAAUGAUGAUCCAAAAGACUUUUUGACUUGCUCAGCUGAUCGUGUACAUUUUAGUAUUCCAAAUCACUUUGCCAAGCCUUUAUUAGUUUGGUCAAGUCCCAGUAAAGAUGCUAUUUUUAUCCCUAAUCAAAGUGAUACCAACUUACAAGAGUCUGCAUCCUUUUAUUAUUUACUAAAUUUGGAAGACAAGGUCAAUCAGAAUUCAGAUAUUCAUUCCAUGAAAGGGGCGUACAUCGAAAAGACUGGAAUAAAACUAACUGGUGGGAUGAAAUUAAAACUUGGGUUCGUCUUUGAGAGACUAAUAAGAGGUACAAGUGAUCGAACAUAUGAUUCGCGGAAUCACUGGGAUGUCCGUCUCUGUAACCCUAUCUAUGUCUCUGAUUUGCAUGAUCACGAUUCAUUUAAUGACUUUAGAAGUGACUUUAUCCAUCUAUCUUUAGUGCUUACGUCUAAAUCCGAAACAUCUUACAACGCACUUCAAUUGAGCCCUAAAGGAUUGCGAACUUUCUUCAGUUGGUGGAAAAUGUUCAGUGGUAAUUUCCCUGUUAGAAGAGGGCCAUUAUUUGGUUUACAGAGUAUUGCUCCUAAGUUUGGUGAACAUUUGGAAACUCUUACUUAUUAUGCGGAUGUAUCACCAUUAUAUAUUACACACAUGUACCAUAAUCUUGAUGCUGAUAAGAUUAUGAAAAAGAGUUUCCUAGAUACCUCAGAAUACGCCGGUAUCAAGGCUAAGGCUGGGCGGUUUUUAAUGGAUUUGCAUCAAAGGAAGGAAGUUUUUACAGAAUAUCAGGAAGAAUUGGACAGAAUAAAGAAGGUUCAAAAAUUGAAGUUCCUUGAUGGACUAGUUGCAACUUUUGAUAUUGAUAUAAGAGCAGUUCAUGGUCUUUUCACUAAACUGGAGUAUACUGAGCAAAGAGAAGAUGCCAAGUAUGACAUUCAUGACAAUGACAUGCAAUGGAUUGAUUUGACUGAUUUCCAAGAAGCUUUCUAUGUUGAAAUCGAUAACUUCCUGCCAAAUAUUAAAAUUCUUCCCAUGUUAAGUGCCCAUAAGUUUAUAUAUAGCAAGCAUGCAAGCUAUGGUGAUAAAUAUCAAGUUGAUCCAAAAACUUACAAUCCGAUUAAGCCAUUUGAUAAUUCAAUUUCGCAUGAUUGUGCUAUCAGAAAGCCUUUUACUCCAAAUUUUGAGGUUAUAAGAGAUAGAUUGGAGCGUCUGAAGCAUGUGAAAGCUACCAUUGAAAGUAAUCACUACGGAAUGGACUCAGAGUCAGAACAGAAGGCUCAUGAAAAAUACCUCGUUAGAUCUGAAGCUAGUGUUAGAAAUGUGCAAUCAUUACUAGAAGAUUUAGAAAUAAUGACGGGCCUAAAGGAAAAGAUUGAUAGCAGUAAGGCAUAUAAUUACCCAGCAAUUCAACUGAUUCAAGAUACAAAUUCAGAAUCUUUUGAUAAUAAAUACUACGUUUAUCACAUGCUAUUGAAAUGGAACGAAGGUGUCAGAGAUAUAGCGUUCAAAUUUCUACACUUUUCAAACCUAACACACCAAUUUAUGGAGCUGGCGUCCCAUAAGACAAAUAGGAUGUUUAACGAUAUUAUUAACAAAAGACAGCAAAAGGAUAACGUUAAUGAAGAGGAGGAUAUUUCAUCAAAGAUACAAAGGGUGAAGUCGGAGGUUGAGUUUGACAACGCAAACGACGAUGAGCAUGUUAAGGCCGCUUUGUUGGAGAUGUUCGAGGAGGGAUUGUCUCAACUGGGCAUUGACAUUAACCAUUCUAUCUCGAGAAAUCAUUUUGUUAAUUUUAUAUGUCCUCAAAUUCAACUGAUUAGUGAUGAUGACCCAAAUAUUUGUGUGUUAGUUUCAACUCCAAUAAUUCUUUUGAAAGUAUUGUCAUUUGAUGAAGAGACACCGGAUAAUGUAUAUCUAGAAAAUACGUUUUUGAAAAGAUACGGCCUAUUUUUAUCUAACGCUAAUGCAUUCAUUUUCCACAAGGAAAGAUUUGAUAAGUAUCCUGAAUUGGUGUUCGAUGCUAGUUUGUAUGGACAAGAGAAAGGAAGUGACUGGCCUCCAUGGCUGGGAGCAGAAGUUGCGUUCCAUCCAACUCCUCUAUCUAAAUUUGCUGUUAUUGAAAACUUUUCCGCAUUCACUUUCUUGCAAAAACUACUUCCUUUCUCUUCAAUGUACGACAUGGUGAAAGAUGUGAUUGAGAAUAAGAUUUCAGCCUGUCUACCACGUGUUAUUGUAUCAGCUACAUCUGAGGAUUAUUUGGCAAUUUACAAGAUCGUAACGAACUUAAUUCUUUACGUCGAACCAGAUAACAAGUCGUUGAAGAAGCAGAUUGAAACUGCCUCCUUAGCCUUUGAUUUUGAUGAUAUUGAAAGAAUUACGUCUUUGAUUGGCAACUUGACUAAUGCAGAACAGGUGCUGGAACGUAUUGUCAAAGAAUUUAUUUUUAAGAGAAGAUUGUUGAAGGAUGUGGAUUUGAUUGAUCUCUCCAAUAUUUAUAAUGAGCGUAUGAAUCAUCUCCUUCAGUUAUAUGUUAUUCUACGUGUUUUUACUGAAAGUAAUCGUGAUGAGAGUAAUUGUACAGUACUAUGGGACUUCAAAAUCAAAGAAGUUGUUUUGCAUAUGUUGCACAAUUCGAGUACACCGUUCUUGGAUGUUAUUGUGAAUAAUGUAAACUACCAACGUUUGCAGACAGAUACUGGAUUUACAGAUAAUAUGGUAUCUGUUCGUAAUAUCAACAUAUUCAAUCGUGACAAGGAUGCUAUAUAUCCAACAUUGGUAAAGCCAUAUUCUACUAGGAGAUUGCUGGAUACGCAAUACGAUGACCAGCCUGUUGUUGCAAUUCGUUGGGGAGUUGACAAGCCAGUUGGUGGGAUAAGAAUAGUCAAGUCAGUGACUACCAAUAUUACCGGUUUAGUGGUAACUCUAGAGGAAGAGACAAUCAAUAGAAUUAUAUCGUGGUUGUCUUUAGAACAUUUGAAGAAUUUAUCUCCAGAAAACGAAGACUCUGAUAAUUCAUCCAUGGGCUCUGAGUCCAUAUCAGAUAUGAGUUUCAGUCAAGAUACCCGCAUACAUAUUACUGGUACAAAAGAUAUUGAUGAGAUGUUUAAGAGAUCUACAAACUUUUUAACCAUAGAAAAUAUGUUGAUUAACAGUUUUAAAUUGAUGAUAAGUUACAAAGGCAAAGGUAAAAUGAGAUUAGCGAAUGUUACAAACUUUUUAUUCACUUUCCCUACAUUGAUAUUUGAAAACCAAACUAUGACACUGGCUGAUUUAAUGAUAAAAAUUAAAAAGAUUUUAAUAAAGGUGCUUAUAAAACAUACAGGUAAGUUUUUGGGCACAAAAUUGAAGAACCAUCCAUCAGAUUUAUCAAAAGAACAGCCUAAAGGAGAUGAUCGAAAGAUGAUAGAAUAUACGAAAACGGUGGAAAAUGGUCCAACAGUAGAUGCAAUUGGAUCAAAGGAUAUCACAGAGUGA